AUGGGCAAUGUGCAGCACGGUUGCACGGCCCUUGCAGGGGCAUCUCUGGGUGGCUACAACACCACAGUCGAGCUGUUGUUGAGCCGCGGUGCACACGUGGACAGUGUUGACAAGGAUGGCGACACGCCGCUGUCAGGGGCCAUAUAUAAAGGGCACCCGAGCACCGUGGAACUGUUAUUGAAGCAUGGUGCAAACACGGACAUACAAAACGAGACAGGAGCGACCCCUCUUUUGCUGAUUUGGCAAAAGAUGUGGCACGAGAAGACUGAUGAACAGACAGCUGCGAAAAUUGUGCAGAUUAUGUCAGAUUACGGUGCAGCUUUGGAAGUGCCAAACAAGAAUGGCAUGACUCCGCUGAUGGCGGCUGCAAGUGACGGCCACACAGCUGCUGCAGAACUGCUGCUGAGCAAAGGAGCGUCUGUGACGCCGACUGACGAGGUAACAUUGCAUGAGCGACGGCUUGAAUGUAGCAUGAGCCCAGUGAAUUGA